AUGAACAGUGGACAGGCCGGAGCCUUGUGGUCGAAGCUCUUCAUGGUUGGUCAUGGAGCAGAUAAGGUCGUCGAGGUGGCAUCCACGGAGGGCGAUCUGAUUCUGUUUGCAGCCAAUAAAGCUGCCGUGCACGGCACGGACUUCAAGCAUGGAGCGUGUGAGAGAAGUGCGUGGCACUCGUUUCUCCGCAGCUUGGGCUGCAAGACAGAGGCAGCACCCCACAAUACCGGUAGCGCGGCAGCAUACUUCUGGUACGCAGCCGCCGGCCAACUCAUGGCAUCAAACUUCACGAGGCAGAGCAGCCUGCAGGCUAGAAAUCACUCGGAGAACCUGCUGUUGGCUGCCUCGGCAUUGUCCUGGGCAGUGUGCCAGGCUGAGCUCAUGGUUUGCCAGAACGAGCGAUGGGAGCAGAUGACGUGGUGCAGGUUGCAGUUUGAUCUUUCCCGGGUGCUGUACCCUGCACGAACUGCAGUUGACAUUGACCUCCUGCUCAAUGAGGAGGUAUACUCCAGGCUUCUGGGCGAGUUUGAGCUGGUGAAUGCCAACAUUGAGUUUGGACAUCCAUUCCAGGCCGCCUUGGCACGCGAAGCGCUCUUGCCUUUGUCAGAUGCAUUGCGGCGCGCUGGAGUCUGGCAGGCGGUGGCGAAGGCAGGGGGGCUAGUGCGCCGGGAGAGCACAACGAAGCUGUUUGUCUUCUUGUCUGCAGCCUCCUUUGCGCACAGGGACAUUCAAGAUGUCAGCAUGCUCCCUUCGUACCUGACUGCGCGAUGCAGCUGCACAGCCGUGGUCGAAUCUUCCAGGGAGAAAAGGCUAAGGGCCUCCAGUGAUCGCACCUUCCAUGCGCAUCCAUGCGCCUUCUUGGCUGGAGGUGCAACUCGUGUGGCCGCCGUUGCUGCUGUGGGUCGCAAGCUGUCUCGUCAUGGAGGUGCCCGAACGCGCCUUCUUGCUGCCUCUCAGUUCAUUAAGGGUGCCAACGACGUUACUGAGGAGCCCCUCUUUUGCACGGUUCUGUCGACACAGGAAGACUGGCGAGCUGCAGUCGCAGAAGUCACGGCUGAAGCAUCGUAUCAACUGCGAAGUCGCCCACGCAAAUGCUGGGACUUUGGUGUAGUCUAUGUUAGCGGCCACCAUGACGUCUCAGUCACCGACAUUACCAUGACUUUGGACCGCAACCUGGGCACCAGUGGGGCGUGCAUUGGAGCUGCGGUGAAUGGAUGCGGAGGUCCUGGCACGGAUCACCACCGACGUACUCAUACAGGCAGAAAAACACCAGUGAUACAACUGAUAGCCGUGCAGCAGCCUCAUAAAGCAAAUCCAUCUGCCUCCAACGGUUCACCGGCAGAGUUAGCGGGUGCAAAGCCUUUCUUCGUGGGGCAAAGGGAGCUGCAGGAGAUAUCGGGGCUGGUCUGCCAAAUUCAAGGCCGCACGCGAGUCAUAGGUGCACAGGAGCCGCCCCUGCCGCGAGCGUGGCGAGAGUACUUGGGGAUAGCUGAGAAGGAGGAGGCCCGUCCACGAGGCAUCCUGCUCUUCAUUGACCCCUUGGCAUCCAAAUACGUGGUCGGGACAGUGCUCAGUGCUCUGGACCUGGCAUUGCCCAAUGCCGUGAAAUGUGGUGCUGUUUGUGCGGACCUGCUGCCAUCGCGGCGGCGUGUGGCUGUAGCUGGAUACGAGAUGCGGCGUGGGAUCAGCAGUGCUGAUGAUGUGCCAGCUGGCGUUGCGGGCCUGCUGCUGCCUCCUGAUAUGUCUAUUCACAGCAUGGUGUGUUCAGGCAGCAGCAGGGUAGGCCCAGAGCUGCGGGUGACAGCAGCAGACGGCCAGGUAAUCAAGAUGAUGCAGUCUGAGGAUGACAUCGAAGCCCAUCCCGCAACGGAGAUGUUGGAGGCCGUAUGCAAACACGCGAGUCCAGUCCAGCAGCUUCUCAUCGAGAAGGGAGGGUACCUGCUGGGUUUGGAAGCGCCGCGAGAUCCCUUGGACCCAGAUAAGUCGAAGGUCUAUGAUGACGUUUGGGGGUCCUCGGAGCGAGCUCCCUCAUAUUCCUCCUUGCGUCGCCAGGCAGCUGCUUGUGACUGGUUGGUUCGAUCUUUGGAGCCUUUGCCUGGUGGCUCGGUUGUAAUUCGACGGGAAAAUUUAAAGCGGAUCCCGCCAAGAGUCGGCCCGGCUUGGGUUCGAUGUCAGGUGCAUGUCUUUGACGAAAGACAAGGCAGACAGGAGCUGCAGCUGAUGCUGCAACGGUACAUGGGUGCACGCAUGACCUUGCCGACGCCUGCAGGAAAGCCUUUCGGUGCCAUGAUCUUCACUUGCAGGUCAUGGUUUGCACAGGCCGAGGACGAGGUCGGCGUGGCAGAGGUGUCGGCGGCAUUUGACCCGCCACCCACAGUGGUAAGUGUGAAUGUGUGUGGUGAAGUUGCGCAUCCUGGAAUUGCACUCGGUGGUGUUGACCAGAAGCGGACGACCAUCCAGGGGCACACCGCCACCUGCUGCUUCUUGAGCUACGAACCAAGCCCAGCGAUGCUCUGGCCCAUGCAGGUCAUGAGCUGUCAACACGAGGCUUGGUCUGUCAAAGAACGACGCUGUGUGUGCUUGUUCCCGGCCAGAGCAAAGGAAGCCAUGGCUUCGAGGGGCAUCGUACAGUUUGGUGCCGACGGCUUCGGCAUUGACCAGAAUGCCCUGAAGCGCCACGAGGCCGAGCAGAAGGUCAAAUGCGCCCGGUACCUUCGGUUUGCUUUUUGUGCACAUGCAGUCGUCUUGAUUCUGAUCAACAUCAUUGUGUGGGCCAUCUGGUUUAUUCUGAGGUCGAAUCAGAAAGGUGGCACAUACCAGUGGCCGCUCUGGGUGACUCUUGGCUCAGUGGUUCUCCUUGUCGCGCACCUUUUGAGCAUGCUUCCCUAUGCAGUCUGCAAGCCGAGCCACAACUGUCCUCGCUGGGUCUGGGUGAUCCUAUUGAACAUUGCUCUGGUCAACAUCGUCUGCUGGGGUGUCUAUGCGACGGCAGAGCAACAAGCUUGCCCCAUCAACAAUCCCCAUUGUGAAUACCUGUGGCCAGCAUGGGUUUCUGGUGCGACGGUGUUGGGUGGCAUUGUUGUGAGUCUGCUGCCGUGCCUCAUUGGAGCUAUAUUCGGCAUCCACGAUGAUGACAGUGAAGCCGAGGGUAUGAUGUACUCGUCAGAAUCCGAUUGA